AGCACUCUGAGCCCCGAGGUAGGUACUUUUGCAGUUUAUACUUACCUUUUUAUGGAAUAAACAGACAGUGCUACAGCCUACAAGUGACAAUUCACAACUUAUUACUGUGCUUAAAGCUUUAAGGUAAAAGAUUACUGUUACUACUUUUCACAAAGAUUUUUCAAUUAAUAACUGAAGGUAGUAAUUGUUAAAUUCACAGAUAAUAGUAAUUUAAUCAAAUACUAUAUACAUUGUAUAUAGUAUUUGAUUUUUGAUUACAUUUAAAAAUGAACCAGAAGCCAGAAUCUUCAUCUAAAUGUCGAACAGUAGCGACCAAUGUCACCGUUCAGAAACAUCACGUUUCUCGGGAUAAACGUGGCCAGGUUCUUGGCAAUGUUCGGGGAUUCCGGGGUUGUACAGUUUGGUUUACAGGAUUAUCUGGUGCCGGAAAGACGUCUGUGUCCUUUGAAUUGGAAGCAUAUUUGGUUGCCAGAGGAAUACCAGCUUAUGGAUUGGAUGGCGACAAUAUGCGAACAGGCUUAAACAGAGAUCUGGGAUUUAGUCCCGCUGAUCGAGAGGAGAACAUCAGGCGUGUGGCUGAAGUGGCCAAAUUGUUUGCCGACAGUGGUGUUGUUACACUGUGUAGUUUUGUGUCUCCAUUUCAACAAGACAGAGAAAUGGCUAGAAAGAUACAUAAAGAUGCUGAUUUACCAUUUUUCGAGGUGUUUGUCGAUGCACCUUUAAGUGUGUGCGAAGAACGUGAUGUCAAAGGUCUAUAUAAAAAGGCCAGAGCUGGUCAUAUUAAAGGAUUUACUGGAGUUGACCAAGUGUAUGAAAAACCAGAUUCCCCAGAAUUAGUUCUUAAAACAGUUCAUUUAUCCAUAGAAGAAAGUACUAUGCAAGUAGUACAAAUGCUUGAAGAAAAUGAAGUAAUUCCUCUGCAAAUGAACCGUGACAUUGACCGUGUACCUGAACUAUUUGUACCAGAAAAUGCAAUUGAAAAAACCAAAUCCGAAGCAUUAUUACUCCCUCGGCUUGACAUUGGAAAAUUAGAUACACAAUGGGUACAAGUAUUGGCUGAAGGCUGGGCAGCUCCACUUGGUGGUUUCAUGAACGAAGAUGAAUAUUUACAAGUAUGUAAUAACAAUUUUCCUAUAAAGCUAUACAACAUUAAAGAAUUGUUAUUUAUAGAUUAUUAUCUCUAUUUUCAGACUUUACAUUUCAAUAGUUUUAGCGAGGAUGUUAAUCAAUCCAUACCUAUUGUUUUGCCUAUAACUACUGAUAAAAAGGAACAACUGUUUGGCUGUGAAGAAAUUGCUUUAUGGUAUAAUUCAAAACCAAUAGCAAUACUUCGUAAACCAUCAUUCUAUCCACACCGUAAAGAAGAACGAGUGUGUCGUCAAUUUGGAACAUCGCAUCCCAAUCAUCCUUACAUAAAAACAAUUUACGAAAGUGGUGAUUGGUUGGUUGGCGGUAACUUAGAUGUUAUAGAAAGAAUCUUAUGGAAUGAUGGUUUGGAUGAUAUUCGUUUCACACCAAAUGAACUCCGUGCUAAAUGGAGAGAAAUGAAAGCUGAUGCAAUAUUUGCUUUUCAACUUCGAAACCCAAUACAUAAUGGCCAUGCACUAUUAAUGCAGGAUACUAAGAAAAAGCUUCUGGAACGCGGAUAUAAGAAACCAGUUUUACUGUUACAUCCUCUUGGUGGCUGGACAAAAGAUGAUGAUGUUCCACUCCAUGUGAGAAUACUUCAACACAAAGCUGUACUUAGAGAUGGAAUUUUAGAUCCAGAAGCUACUGUUUUGGCCAUUUUUCCAGCACCUAUGAAUUAUGCUGGACCUACAGAGGUACAAUGGCAUGCAAAAGCUCGCAUGUCUGCAGGAGCAAACUUUUACAUUGUUGGUAGGGAUCCAGCAGGAGUUCCACAUCCAGAUACUAACAUAUCAGGUGAUUUAUUCGAUCCUACUCAUGGUGCUCGUGUGUUGACUAUGGCACCAGGUUUAUCAGACUUGGAAAUUAUUCCCUUUCGUGUAGCAGCCUAUGACAAAACAAAAAAAGCCAUGGAUUUUUAUGAUUCUGCACGACAUAAUGAUUUCAAUUUCAUUUCAGGCACAAAAAUGAGAGGUCUAGCCAAAGAUGGUAUUGAACCACCUGCUGGGUUCAUGGCGUCUUCAGCCUGGGAAGUACUGGCCAGCUAUUACAAAUCAUUGAAUAAACUUUAAACAAGAUUUUAUUUAUUUAUAAUUGUCCAUGGUGGACGAUGGACAUUCCUAUUUAAAUUAACUAACUAUCUCUCCAUUCCUCUUUAAAUUUCUUUACUUCUAUAUAUUAUGUAUGAAUUAUUUUUAUUUUUUAUGUUUUUGUUUAUUAUUUUGGUGCGUUGAACAAUAUAAU